AUGGGAGACUCCAAAGCAAGAGAACCUCUUCCUCGGCUGCUAGAUCUUAUCCCGGAUGGGAAACAAUGGAAGGGGAGGGAAGCACAAGGCGCAGGAAGAUCAAGGAACACAGGCUUUGGGAGCGAGGAGGACAAGCAGCUAGAGCUCAAACUCGGUCCUCCGGGUCUCCUAGAAGAAGGGACGACAACAGCAGCGUCAAGAGAUGAAGGGAUACAGCGAGAGAUUCCGGCUCUCUCGCUUGGUUGCUUCCCACAUAAACCCUCCAAGCCUGCAAUAAACACUACUGCAACUGGGACAAAGAGGGGUUUCUUAGAUACCAUUGAGGCCAAAACAGAAGGUCGUGAUGAGCACAAGCAGCAGGCUGGAGCUGGAUGUGGGAACGAACUAGCACUGGACGAGAAGAUAACAGCCGCGAGCGAGAGAAAGAAAGGAUUCUGCCCGCCAACAUUACAGCAUGCCCCUGCUGCUGCAACUGUGCACAACAGACCACAUGCCCAGGGAAGAAGGCCUUCAGCUCCGGUUGUCGGUUGGCCUCCAGUCAGAUCCUUCAGGAGAAAUCUUGCUCAUGGCAGUUCAUCUAAACAAUCCACUGAGCCACAAAGUAGUGAAGCUAGCAUGAAGGAGAAGCUUGCCUGCAAGAAGAAUCCUCUUGUUAAAAUCAACAUGGAUGGAAUCCCCAUUGGAAGGAAAGUAGACCUUGGAGCCUAUGACAGCUACGAGAGGCUAUCAUUGGGCGUCAAAGAGCUUUUCCAUGGUUUUCUUGAAGCUCAAAAGGAUCUAUCUAGUGCUGGGAGUACACAGCUAGGGGCCACUGAAAAAAAUAUUUUCUCAAUUAUUGGAUGGAUCUGUGUAUUUGUGUCAACUGCUAAAAGGCUGAGGGUUUUGAGGAGCUCAGAGCUUUCCCAUGGUUUGGUCAUAAAUAAUUACAUGGACCUGAUGACACCAGAUGCCAAACCGGGAAGUGGUCCAAGCUGCCCUGGUGGCCCAGUGACCAUACCCCCAGAAGCUCUCAAAGAAGUCAAGAUAAACAGAAGGUGGCAUUGGUUUUCUAGCAUGAUAGAGACAACACAUCAAGUGACACUUCUUAAGUGCUUAUCACCAUUCAUGCAAUCAUGCCUAUCACUUGAAAAGUGGAAUAUUAUUCAUGCCAAACUUCAUGCAAAUUUCAACAAAGCAAGCUUCAUCCUUUUUGCACAGUUUUCACAAACAAAACUUAAGAACAGCUAUGUACGGUACAGCAGAGGACUUAAGUUGCAAGGUGAAAGCAUGGAACCAGAUAUUACGAGUAGAAUCCUACGGUGUUCAGCUGUUGAAAAAGGGAGGUCCAAAAUAAGACGAAUAUCUUACCCAAAAAAUAAACUGCCAACUAGUCCUCACAGACUUGAAGCACCUUCAGCCUCCUGA